GCUAUUUGUCUGCCCUCGCGCGAGCGAGAAAAGGGAAAGAAAAAGAAGAAAAACGAGGACGUAAACCAAACAAACAAUUGGAAGACAAAGGAAAGAAGAAACCUCUGAUUUUUCUCCUCUCUCUGCAUUUUUGAACAAUAGGAGGAUCAGUCUUUGAUCGUCCUCGAUUGAACCCGGAUUCAGUCAAACCUUCCUGCUUUAUUUACUUAUUGACUCCGACAAUAGGGUUAAGGGUUAGGGCCUCCUCCUCCUCCUCAUCAUCAUCGCUGCAAAUGGACGCCUCUGGUACGGAUUCAGACGCUUACGGAGGCGGUUCUUCUAAUUCAAGAAGACACAGAAUACUGUCGGCUUCGAAUAUAAUCCAAGCGCCUAUUUCAGCCUUGUUAGAGUACUCAGGCCUUCUCCGUACAUCUCGUUCUAUUCACCAAGAAUCCGACCCUCUUAUCCCAAAUCCAAAUGUAGAAAAUUCCACUUCUUCCCUUCCCAACAAUGGACAUGUUGCUAUUAGGAUAAUUGGGGCAGCAGACCAACAUGAGAGCGAGAGGGAUGCCUCUGGUAUGGUUGUUGGCCAACUCAGGGAAGUUACUCCUCAGAGCGAGGUGUUUCUGGGUUUGGGAACAUCUGAUGGUCAAGGAGGGAACUCUAGGAGAAGCGAUCUUGGGGUGGCUACUGGAGAAGGCGAAGGUGUUUCCCGCUCCUCGUCCAGUGGGAGUGUUGGUGCUGAUGCAGAAUCUGGGGAUGGGAGUGGGCCUGGAGUUAAUAAUAACAGAGAUUCCUCCUACCAAAGAUAUGACAUUCAGCAGGCUGCUAGGUGGAUAGAGAAAGUUCUGCCCUUUUCUUUGCUUCUCUUGGUUGUUUUUAUCCGGCAACAUUUGCAAGGUUUCUUUGUUACAGUUUGGAUUGCUGCUGUCAUGUUCAAGUCUAAUGACAUUUUACGAAAACAAACCGCUUUGAAGUAUGCCUUCUGGUUGUGGCUGCAGGGGGAGAGGAAGAUAUCUGUUCUGACUGGCAUCUGUAUUGCUUUUACGCUCCAUGUUAUGGCUGUCUAUUGGUGGUAUUGGAAUGAUGAUCUUUUAUAUCCAUUGGUGAUGCUUCCCCCAAAAUAUAUUCCUCCUUUCUGGCAUGCUAUUUUUAUUAUCAUGGUUAAUGAUACUUUAGUUCGACAGGAAGCAAUGAUUUUAAAGUGCUUUCUGUUAAUGUAUUACAAGAACUGCAGAGGCAGAAACUACCGGAAGCAGGGUCAAAUGCUAACAUUGGUUGAAUAUAUGAUGAUACUGUACCGUGCCUUACUUCCAACUCCAGUUUGGUACCGUUUCUUCUUAAACAAAGACUAUGGAAGCCUCUUUUCAUCACUAAUGACAGGGUUGUACUUAACCUUCAAGCUGACAUCUGUUGUUGAGAAGGUGCAGUCCUUCUUGGCUGCAUUGAAGGCAUUAUAUCGUAAAGAGGUGCAUUAUGGUGCUUAUGCAACAUCAGAGCAGGUGAAUGCAUCUGGGGACCUCUGUGCUAUCUGCCAAGAGAAGAUGCAUGCUCCUAUACUACUGCGCUGUAAACACAUAUUUUGUGAAGAUUGUGUUUCUGAGUGGUUUGAGAGGGAAAGAACUUGCCCUUUGUGCAGGGCGUUGGUUAAACCUGCUGAUCUGAGAUCAUAUGGUGAUGGAUCUACUAGUUUGUUUUUUCAGAUAUUUUGAUUUCAUUGCUGGAUUCAAUCGGAAUCAUGGAAUCCUUACCUGCUUGGAAAUGUACUUGAUCCAAAGCAGCCGUAUCCUAAAUCAUCUUCAACACCAACAUCCUCGUCCUCAUCUAGAGGGGUAAAUUGGAUUGUUUGGUUUUGCCAUGUCUUGUCAGAGUGAAUUUAACUAAGAAGUUGAAACCAAAACAACUGGUUGGAAAGAAGUAAAAAAUUGGACGUCUAUGUUGUAAUGUUAAAGGGUUGAAUUUGAAUUGAAUGUAACUAUAUAAUGGGCCCUCUAAGCAACACAAGGAGUUGGCCUUAUCAGUA